AUGAAGGAAAAUGAAACAAGAGUUAACUUGCUUCCUAAACAUGAAAAAUAUUGGGAAAUUGGUCAGAAAAACUGUACUUUGGUGACAAAGUUCAUUCUCUUGGGAUUAUCAGAUAUCCCUGAGCUGAGAGUCUUCCUCUUCCUGGUUUUUCUUCUAAUCUAUGGUGUCACAGUGUUGGGCAACCUUGGCAUGAUUGUGUUGAUUAAGGUCAGCUCUCAACUACACACCCCCAUGUACUUUUUCCUUAGCCACUUAUCUUUUGUGGAUUUUUGCUAUUCUACCAUCAUUGUGCCAAAGAUGCUGGACAACAUCAUAAAUGAGGACAAAGCAAUUUCUUUCUUGGAAUGCAUGGUGCAAUUCUAUUUGUUUUGUUUUUAUGCAGUCACUGAGGUCAUCCUGCUGGCUGUGAUGGCCUAUGACCGCUUUGUGGCCAUCUGCAGCCCACUCUUGUACAUGGUCAUCAUGUCCCAGAAGCUCUGUGUGGGGCUGGUGUCUGGCUGCUACCUAUGUGCAACUGUGUGUUCUCUCAUUCACAUGUGUUUAGCUCUGGAGAUCCCAACCUACCGUUCAAAUGUGAUCAACCACUUCUUCUGUGAUCUACCCCCUCUUUUAUCUCUUGCCUGCUCUGAUGUCUCUGUGAAUGAGCUGCUGCUGUAUGUUGUGGCCUCUUUCAAUGAGAUCAGCUCCAUUGUGGUUAUCCUCACCUCUUACUUGUUUAUUCUCAUCACCAUCCUGAGGAUGCGCUCUGCAGAGGGAAGGCGCAAAGCAUUUUCUACCUGUGCUUCCCACCUCACAGCCAUCAUUGUCUUUCAUGGAACAAUCCUUUUUAUUUAUUGUCGACCCAGCUCUGGCAACAGUUGGGACACAGACAAAGUGGCCACAGUAUUCUACACUGUGGUAAUUCCCAUGCUGAACCCCCUGAUAUAUAGCCUGAGGAACAAAGAUGUGAAAGAAGCUCUCAGGAAAGUGAUGAGAUUUAACUUGUUUUCUGACGGCUCAUGUUCUUAG